UAUGCACAUUAUUUUCAAAGGGUUAUGGAUAGCUUCAGUUACAUAAUCCCAAAGCAUUUAAGUGAUGUAAAUUUUAGAGGGUAAUUGUCUUUACUGCUAAACGUAAUCAGCAAGCUUCUAGUAAUUUUUAUGAAUUCAGAUGAAAAAUUAGGAGCAUGUUGGCAAUUUUUAAUAAGCAGGAUUAUAGCCAUCCUUGGUGAGAUGGAUUUAAGGCCAAUAACUACGGUGUGAGUUAAUCUCCAAUCAGGUAAAAACAUUCUGAGGUUGACUUUGUUUUUUAAAGAGCAGAUUAUAUUACUCUCUUUGCCUGGAAAAGUGAUUUAAACUGCCUGUUCAUUAAGCCAGACUUGUAAUUUAGGGGAGAGAGGCCGUCCAGGAUGCAGGGGAAGCUGGCGCCCCAGCGCUGGGCCACGCCCAGGUAACGCUGCCUUCCAGGCUUUGUGCCUUUGCUGGUAAAUCGAGGCUCCAACUCCGCCACUAGGAGGCGCGGGGCCCCUCGGGAGGCGGGGCCUCAGGGGGAUGCGCGUGGGCGUGACGUCAGUUCGUGCGCCGCAUUCUGUAGCCGGGCAGCCAUGGAGGCUGCUCUGGAGUCCUCAACGGAGGACCCGUUGGGGAACUUUGUGCGAGUUUUGGAGAAGAGAGAUGGCACGGCGUUACGACUGCAGCAGUAUGGCUCCGGCGGCGUGGGCUGCGUGGUCUGGGACGCUGCCAUUGUUCUUUCUAAAUACCUGGAGACGCCCGGGUUCGCCGGCGACGGGGCCGUGGGGCUCAUGGCCGCAACCCUCGGGGCAGAUGUUGUAGUCACCGAUCUUGAGGAAUUGCAAGACUUGCUGAAGAUGAAUAUUAACAUGAACAAGCAUCUUGUCACUGGUUCUGUUCAAGCCAAGGUACUGAAAUGGGGGGAAGAAAUAGAAGACUUUCCUUCUCCGCCAGACUACAUACUGAUGGCCGACUGCAUAUACUACGAAGAGUCUUUGGAGCCGCUGUUGAAAACUCUAAAAGAUCUCAGUGGAUCUGAGACUUGUAUUAUAUGUUGUUAUGAACAGCGAACAAUGGGGAAAAAUCCAGAAAUCGAGAAAAAAUAUUUUGAGCUUCUUCAACUAGACUUUGACUUUGAAAAAAUUCCCUUGGAAAAACAUGAUGAAGAAUAUCGAAGUGAAGAUAUUCAUAUUUUAUACUUCAGAAAGAAAAAAUCGAAAUUUCCAUCGUGAAAUCUUUAGUCAUCUUACCCAAGCCUCCAGCAACCUGGGUAAGCUAAAGAUGUGAAUGGAGCAUGGGAAGAUUGUGUUCACAGAUUUUUCCAGCAUGUCUUUAGAGAUCUGAUAAUAGACAACAACCAUCAUGGGCUGCCUGCAAAACAGAAAAUGACUGCCGGUCUGCCAGCUAAUGGGCCUGAAAUCCAACUUAGUUUACUUUUAGCUCAGUAUCAAGUUCUGCUUAAAAGAAACAUUGUGUAUUAGUCACUCCUCAAAUAAAAAUAGGUAUUGAGGUUAGCCUAAAGUCUGCCAAAAAUAAACAGUGAAGCUUCAUGGUUGACUUAGCUUAUUUUCCGGAAUUAGAUAAAUUGAUCCAUUUUCUAAAGAGAAAUAUAUACUGCUAUAUAAUAAAGUUUAAAUUCAAAUCAGUAAGUUUUAGUUUGUCUUCAAGAUAGGUAAAUUUAAAAGGUUUUCAUUUUAACAUAAUUAUGCAGUGGUUUUUAUCAUGUAUCUUCCACUUUGUUGCUUUUAAGAUAGCUUUACUACUUACUAGUAAAUGUUCUUUUAUGUUAAAAAAAGCCCCAACAUAUUUUGUAUAGUUACAUUGGCCAAAGUUUUAUUCUUUUCCUCCACCAUACAUGUCUACAUGAGUUAGUAAAUUAUACUGUAGUGAGUAAGAAUGAAAGUUAAGAAAUCAUGAGAUUAGAAUGAGGGGGGUUGGAGUGAAAGUAAAAAGCCCAUUUUCAGGCUCGUUCACUUUUCUCAUACUAUAUAUCUUCCAGGAAAAAGUGGAUAGAAAUCACUGAUGUUUACUUGUUUACAAAACAGAGACAUUUUUAAAUAACUGCAAAUGUAAUUCUAUAUACAUUUAGCAAAUGGUUUUGAUUCUGUGUAGUCUUUAUGUUAUGAUAAUCAUCUGCUCACAAACUGAUCUGUCAAGAACUUAAAUCUCAACUGUUCUAAAGAGUAAUAAUAAACUAUAGAAUUCUGGUACUUACAGGCAUUGGUGCUAGGUGGCACAUUUUAUGUGUUAAAAUAAAUGUUCUUGCCCUG